AUGAACUCUUCCUCUCGGGGCCACAAUGAUGCAUUGACAGGACAGUCACGUAGUGCACACUGGAAUACCAAAGGCUUGCCAUGGCAUGGCAAGGAAAAUGUGCCCAAGGCUAGGGAUCUGCACAAGUCAGAUCACAGAACGAGGGCAACAGUAACAGUAACAGCAGCAGCAACAACAGAAGCCAGCACAAGCAACCAGGUCAAGCUGGCAAGAGUUGAAAAUGUUCUGGGAUCUACAUCUACAUCCUCACCCGCUAACGAAACUAAGCCAAAAUCCUUGCCAGAUGGGGGCAAUGCCUCAGUUGCACCUGCCAGCAGCAGCAGCAACAGUAUCAGCACUCAGACGCUGAUUCAGAGUCAAAGCCAGCCGCAUGCCAAAACCAACAAAUCGACGACAGUGGCCAGCCAGCAGGAUGUGGAUGAGGUGGCCCGUCUAUUUGAAGAGAAACCUGAAGCAUUUGAGAAGUGGCUAACUGAACGUGCGCCUCCCGAGGCUUUGAGUCGACUGCAUGAGUUCAUCGAGAGUCGUAAGCCGCCCAAACGACCGUCAGUUACUUCAGAUUUAUUUCAACAAUGGAUGGCCUCCUCACCCACUGUGCAGCAGAAAUCACCGGGUCGCAGCCUCUCGAAUUCAUCGGCCUCCUCGCUGCCCGAAUGUCGGCGACAUUUGAUGGACCUGGACGAGGGUGAACUGUUCAUGGAACUGAUACGCGAUGUGGCCAAUGAGCUGGACAUUGAUGUGCUCUGUCACAAGAUAUUGGUCAAUGUUGGUCUGCUCACCCAUGCGGAUCGUGGUUCUCUGUUCCUUGCAAAGGGUACGGCCAACAACAAGUACCUGGUGGCCAAACUCUUCGAUGUAACACAAAAGACAGCCCUCAAGGAUGCUGUGACGCGAGCCAGUACCGAGGAGAUAAUCAUUCCUUUUGGCAUUGGCAUUGCCGGCAUGGUGGCCCAGACAAAGCAAAUGAUUAACAUCAAGGAGGCGUACAAGGAUGCACGCUUCAAUUGCGAAAUCGAUCUAAAGACCGGCUACAAAACGAAUGCCAUACUUUGUAUGCCCAUAUGCAAUUACGAGGGCGAUAUUAUAGGCGUGGCUCAAAUUAUCAAUAAAACGAAUGGCUGCAUGGAGUUCGAUGAGCACGAUGUGGAAAUCUUUCGACGCUAUUUGACUUUCUGUGGAAUCGGGAUACAGAAUGCGCAACUAUUCGAAAUGUCCGUCCAGGAAUAUAGACGCAAUCAGAUCCUAUUGAAUUUGGCACGCAGCAUCUUCGAGGAGCAAAACAAUCUCGAGUGUCUGGUGACCAAAAUUAUGACUGAGGCACGCGAACUACUCAAAUGUGAACGAUGCUCGGUGUUUCUAGUCGAUUUGGAUUGCUGUGAAGCGAGCCAUUUAGAGAAGAUAAUCGAGAAGCCCAAUCAACUAGAGCAGCGGCCAUCUCGUGCCAUCAAAAGUGCUGACAGUUUUGAGGAGAAGAAACUUCGCAAUCGUUUUACCGUCCUGUUUGAACUGGGCGGUGAAUAUCAGGCGGCCAAUGUUUCGCGGCCCUCGAUUAGUGAGCUAAGCCACUCCACCCUGGCCCAGAUAGCCCAAUUUGUGGCCACCACCGGCCAGACAGUGAACAUAUGCGAUGUCAACGAGUGGGUGAGGGAGCACAAUCAUCAGAUACGUACCGAGAGCGAGAUCGAUAGCACCCAAGCAAUACUCUGUAUGCCCAUUGUGAAUGCUCAGAAAACUGUGAUUGGUGUGGCUCAAUUAAUUAACAAGGCAAAUGGAGUUCCGUUUACCGAAUCGGAUGCCUCGAUUUUUGAGGCUUUUGCCAUAUUCUGCGGCCUGGGCAUACACAAUACUCAAAUGUAUGAGAAUGCCUGCAAAUUGAUGGCCAAGCAGAAGGUGGCCCUAGAAUGUUUGAGUUAUCAUGCCACAGCGAAUCAGGAUCAGACCGAGAAGCUUACACAGGAUGUAGUCGCUGAAGCAGAAUCAUAUAAUCUCUAUAGUUUCACCUUUACAGAUUUUGAUCUAGUUGAUGAUGAUACUUGUCGUGCGGUAUUGCGAAUGUUCAUGCAAUGCAAUUUGGUAUCACAGUUUCAGAUACCCUACGAUGUUCUCUGCCGUUGGGUCUUGAGUGUGCGCAAGAAUUAUCGCCCAGUUAAAUAUCACAAUUGGCGGCAUGCCCUCAAUGUGGCCCAGACAAUGUUUGCCAUGCUAAAGACAGGGAAAAUGGAACGUUUUAUGACAGAUUUGGAAAUUUUGGGUCUAUUGGUGGCAUGUUUAUGUCACGAUCUAGAUCAUCGUGGCACUAACAAUGCAUUCCAAACCAAAACCGAAUCCCCAUUGGCCAUAUUGUAUACGACCAGCACAAUGGAGCAUCAUCAUUUCGAUCAAUGUGUUAUGAUACUCAACUCCGAGGGCAAUAAUAUAUUUCAGGCCCUCUCACCAGAAGAUUAUCGCUCCGUAAUGAAGACUGUGGAAAGUGCCAUACUCUCAACCGAUUUGGCCAUGUAUUUCAAGAAGCGUAAUGCCUUUUUAGAACUGGUCGAGAACGGUGAAUUCGAUUGGCAAGGCGAGGAGAAGAAGGAUUUGCUCUGUGGCAUGAUGAUGACUGCCUGCGAUGUGAGUGCCAUUGCCAAGCCAUGGGAAGUGCAGCAUCGUGUGGCCAAACUGGUGGCAGAUGAAUUCUUUGAUCAGGGUGAUCUUGAGAAGCUACAACUAAAUACUCAACCAGUGGCCAUGAUGGAUAGAGAACGAAAGGAUGAGUUACCCAAAAUGCAAGUGGGCUUCAUUGAUGUCAUCUGUCUGCCCCUGUAUCGUGUGCUCUGCGAUACUUUCCCCUGGAUAACGCCACUGUACGAGGGUACACUGGAGAAUCGACGCAAUUGGCAGGAUUUGGCCGAAAAAGUCGAAAUGGGCCUAACCUGGAUCGAUCAUGAUACCAUUGACAAGCCAGUGGAGGAAUUUGCCGGCUGUGCCGACGAAGAUAUCAAGGACAUUGAGUUCACGGUGCAAACUCUAAACUGCAAUCAGCAAUCCCAGGAAACUGAUGCCCACACCACGCCCGAACAUCAUCGCAGCGGCUCACGUCUCAGCAUGAAGAAAACCGGCGCCCUGGGCAAGGCGGUGCGCUCGAAACUAUCGAAAACGCUGUACAACAGCAUGGACGGCUCCAAGCCAAAGACCUCACUGAAAUUGCUCGAGUCGCAUGUGAGCGAGGAUAUGGAUGACAAGAGUCCGACUAGUCCAUCGCAGCCACAUGGUGGCAGUGUGGGACGCAUGUCAGCCUCAUCGUCCACCUCAUCCGCGGGCACUGUUGUCGACAAGACCAAGAAGCGCUCCAAGCUGUGCGCUCUCUUAUGACGAAAGCCAUCCAAUUAGAAUUUAAUGACCCCCUCCACUCCCAGUACAAGUAAUGCUGCUGCAGCUGCCAGCACUGAGACUGAGAAGAGCGGAGGGGGGUUGACCGAUUUCUAAUUGGAUGCUAGUAUAAUACAGAAAUAGCAAACAAAACAAAAAGCCUAUACAUUAAAUUGUAUUAACUAACUUUGCUGCUCUACCUGUUUGUAAAUGUCUUAAACAUAGUGAAACUACACACAUACACACACUCACCCACACACACACACUCAGUUACUAUUACUACAGAAGCAAAAAUGCAAUUGCAAUAUUAAGCAUAAGUGAAUGUCAAAAUAUGUGAUCUAUUUAAGGUCCCGAAGGUUGAAAAGCCCAUGCAUAAGACCUUUUGGUAUACUCUCUUUCUCUGUCUCUGUAUCCUUCAGUAAGCUUUUAGAUGUUUGUACUCGCAAAACUAACUAACUAACUAAACCAACUAACUAACUAAUAAGUAAAUAAAUGUAUGUGUAUGUAGCUAAUUGUAUAUGUAUAAUAUGUAAUAGUUAAUCAAUAAUCCCAAAAAUUGUGCUAGUCAAAAACUCAAACUUCAUAUAUACGAAAAUAUUUAAUUGAUGAAACGUUUCAAUUGCAUAUACAUACAUAAGAGAGAGGCUAUGCGAAAUGCAUUUUUUUAUGCAAUUGUAAUUAAACCAAUGACAGGGAAUGGCAUUGGAAGCAGAAUGGAAAACGAUUUGCAGGUAUCAACCAACUAGUCGCCUAAUAUGGGCUAGAAAAUUUGUCGAGAGUUUUGUGUAAAUUUGAACUAAAACAACAGAUGGAAAACAAACGAACAUACAUAAAUGGUCGGAACUCUUUAAAUCUGUGUGUUAAACUAAACUAAAUAUUGAUAAGUAAUUAUAAAAAGUAUACAAAUAGCAAAUGGCAAAGAACUAUAUAGCAAUAUUACAAAACAACAUGAUAUUAUCCCUCCUUGACACACCUCAACACCAAUCAAUGUGAGCACAGCACAACAAAUAUUAAAUAUGAAUGGAAAAACAACAACAUUAUGUUAAAGGCACGCACAUACACACACACACUCAGCAAAAACCAGAUGUAUUUGAUGGCUAAAUAGAAAUUUAAUUGUUUUCAUACAUACAUACAUAUAUACUAAUACAUAUACAAAGAGAUAAACAAAAACUUUUGAACAAAAGAAUCAACCGUUUUAUUGUAUAAAUUAACUAUAUAAUCCACAGUCAAUUUUUGAAACUUAAACUCAAAUAAAUGAAUGAAAAAUACACACAAAAAUAUUAAUAGUAAGUUCAAUCAAAAACUGAAUCUCUCAAAUUUCUAGUUGUUGCAAAAGAACAAAACAAAAAAAGAAAAAAAUUAGUUUACUUUAUA